AAAAAAAUAAAAAUUUGGUCAAAGGAAGACGAAGAAGAUUGAACCGUCUACGCAGACGCCAUUGGAUAUUAGUUUCGAAGAGAUACACAAAGGGGGGGAUCGGUAUAUACCUUAUUGAUUCUUCUUCUUCUUCCUUCUCCAACUAAAGCCUAUCUCGCGAUUUGAUUGAUUCAUUUCAUCUCAUCAAGCGCCAUGGAAGAAACUUCAGCUACAACGACAACGACGACGUCUACGACUCAUCAAUAUUUCUCGAUUUUCACGAAUUACCCUCUCAUCUCCUCCCUCACUGCUUUCACCAUCGCUCAAUUCAUCAAACUCUUCACCUCCUGGUAUAGGGAGAGGAGAUGGGAUCUGAAGCAGCUGAUUGGGUCAGGAGGAAUGCCUUCGUCUCAUUCAGCUACGGUUACUGCUCUCGCUGUUGCUAUUGGUUUACAAGAGGGCUUUGGUGGUUCUCAUUUCGCUAUUGCUCUUAUCUUAGCUUCUGUUGUGAUGUAUGAUGCUACUGGUGUAAGGUUACACGCUGGUCGCCAAGCUGAGGUUCUUAAUCAGAUUGUCUACGAACUUCCUGCAGAACAUCCAUUGGCUGAAAGCAGACCAUUGCGUGAACUUCUUGGUCAUACCCCUCCCCAGGUUGUUGCUGGUGGAAUGCUUGGAAGUAUCACAGCAGUCACUGGAUACUUGUUCACCAGGGUAGCGACUAGCUAA